AUGGCCGAGAAGAUACACCCAGCCAUUACCGUCAACAACAUCAGAAACUCCAUACCUGUCCUCCUUGAAUUCGAAUCCAGCCAAUAUGGCCUGUGGUCGGAACUAUUUCAAAACCACUGCCGUGCUUUUCAGGUCAUCGACCACCUCUCUCCUCCUGCCACCACAACUGCGUCAUCUUCUUCGGAGGGUGACAAAGACAAAGACAAAACCUCCAAACCUACGGAUGAACUCUGGUCUCGGCUAGACGCCAUUGUCAAACAAUGGAUCUACGGGACUAUUUCUAAUGAUCUCCUCAAUACUAUUGUCGUCCCCAACAUGUCAGCCUAUGAUGCUUGGUCAGCCAUUGAAGGUCUCUUUCAGGACAACAAAAACUCUCGUGCCACAUAUCUCAUGCAGAAAUUUGCCACCACUCGUUUAGAUGGUUUUCCUAAUAUGUCCGCAUAUUGUCAAGCCAUCAAGUCCCUUACUGACCAACUUGCUAAUGUCGGUGCCCCACUUGAUAAUAAACGUCUUGUUGUACACCUUCUUGCUAGUCUCACGGAUCAGUACGAAGGCAUAUCCACCAUCCUCCAACAAAAAGAACCCACCCCUUCGUUCUAUGAAACACAAUCACAACUGUGCAUGAUAGAAAGUCAAAGGGCCGAGAAAGCCUUGUAUGCCGCUAACCUCGCCAAUCAAGCAAUUUUUUGA